AUGCACCGAGGCGGGCCGGGACCAGGCCUCAGAGGCCUGAAGGGGGCCGAGGGCCCCGCCGAGGACUUGGGGGGCUCUUGCCUGGAGGCCGGCAGGGAUUUUGGGGUGCUGAAGGAGAAUGGCGAGGCCGAGGAGGCGGCGAGCGGCAGGAAACGCGCCCGGCCGGUGCGCUCCAAGGCGCGGCGCAUGGCGGCCAACGUGCGGGAGCGCAAGCGCAUCCUGGACUACAACGAGGCCUUCAACGCGCUGCGCAGGGCGCUGCGGCACGACCUGGGCGGCAAGAGGCUCUCCAAGAUCGCCACGCUGCGCAGGGCCAUCCACCGCAUCGCGGCGCUCUCCCUAGUCCUGCGCGCCAGCCCCGCAGCCCCCAGCCCAGAGAAGCAGGUUCUGUGGCUGCAGCAGAAACCAGAGGCCCACUCAAGUCCCUCUGGGCUGGGCUGGGCUGGGCUGGGCUGGGCUAGGGCAUCUGGGCUGAGGAAUGGUGUGCUGAGGUGCCCCUGGAACUGA